AUGAGUCCGAGGGAUGUCGGGACGGGACUGUUCGGUCGAACCACUACUAACUGCGGAACAUCGGGACCAGCCAGUUGCCACAAUACAACUAUCCAGACGAACCUCUGUUGUUUUGAGGCUCCAGGAGGAUUACUCGUUCAAACACAAUUUUGGGAUACGAAUCCAUCCACUGGUCCACUUAACUCAUGGACUAUCCACGGAUUGUGGCCUGGUGACUGUGAUUUGACGUACGACACUUCGUGUGAUCCCUCCCGCGAUUAUACGGACAUUACAGGCCUCCUUGACAAUGCCGGGCAGCAGUCAUUGGUGUCCUAUAUGGAUACCUACUGGGUGCCCAACUCUGGAACUCCGGAAUCUUUCUGGGAACACGAAUGGAGCACACAUGGAACGUGUUAUAGCACCUUGCAGCCCAGCUGUAUCACGGGGUACACGACUGGCGAAGAGGCUGUCAUUUUCUUUGAGCGUGCGGUAGCAUUAUUCCAGACCCUUCCAACCUACACCUGGUUAGCUAAUGCCGGCAUUACCCCGAGCUCCACUGCCACCUUCACAUUGUCAUCCCUCACUAAUGCCCUGACAACUGCAAGUGGAGGUUACACACCAGCACUAUAUUGUGAUAGCAGCCAUGUGCUUUAUCAAAUUUACUGGUACUUCAACUUGAAGGGUUCCUUGAUCGAUGGUCAAUUCGUGCCGAUUUCUGCUCCAAGGGCUGGCAGUUGUCCUAGCUCUGGGAUCCAUUAUCCCCCAAAAAGCUAA